AUGAGCAUCAACAGAAGUGGUGAAAGAAAGGUUGGGUUUUGGACGCUUGAGAAUGGACUCGAGAGAAUGUUGGGUUCAGGAGAUAAGACCAAAUACUCUGCUUUGAAUACCAGUUUGGCGCCUAUAAUAUGGCCUGGUGACUCUACCUCAGCUCCUAAGGGGUGGCAGAUCCCGACGAAUAGGAAGAAGUUGCGAAUUGGGGUCCCGGUUAAACAUGGAUUUAGGGAGUUUAUGGAUGUGACAUUUCCUUUCUCAAAUGAUUCUGUUACAGGUUACAGUAUCGAUGUUUUCAAGGCCGUUUUGGAAGCACUGCCUUACUCUGUUUCGUACGAGUAUGUUCCCUUUGCUAAUGCCAAUGGCAGUAGGGCUGGCACAUACAACGACUUUGUCUACCAAGUGUUUGAUGGGAAACUGGAUGCUGCAGUUGGGGACAUAACCAUUAGAGCAAAUAGGUCCUUGUACAUGGACUUUACAUUGCCAUAUACUGAGUCUGGUGUGUACAUGAUAGUACCAAUCAAGGAUGAUAGAAGUGGCAAUGCUUGGGCAUUCUUGAAGCCUUUGACUUGGGAUCUUUGGGUAACAAGUUGUUGUUUUUUCAUUUUUGUUGGGUUUGUAGUAUGGGUUCUUGAACACCGAAUAAAUGAGGACUUUCGUGGCCCUCCAUAUCAUCAAAUUGGAACAAGCUUUUGGUACUCUUUUUCAACCAUGGUUUUUGCACAUAAGGAAAGAGUUGUGAGUAACUUGGCAAGGUUUGUAGUGAUUAUAUGGUGCUUUGUAGUACUCAUACUCACCCAAAGUUACACAGCUAGUUUGACCUCGCUUUUAACAGUCCAACAGCUCCAACCAACCAUUACUGAUGUGAACCAGCUCCUCAAGAACAAGGAGAAAGUUGGCUUUCAACGGGGUUCUUUUAUAGAAGGAAUAUUGAAACAAAUGGGGUUUGAAGAUCACCAAUUUGUGAUCUAUGACACUCCAGAAGACUUAUACCAACUCUUUGCAAAUGGGAGUAAAAACAAUGGGAUUGCUGCUGCUUUUGAUGAAACACCUUACAUGAAACUUUUUAUGGAAAAAUAUUGCUCCAAGUUUACCAUGGUUGAACCAACAUUCAAAGCUGACGGCUUUGCUUUUGCUUUUCUGAAAGGCUCGCCUCUUGUUCAAGAUAUUUCGAGGGCAAUAUUGGAAGUGACUGAAGGAAAGAAAAUGAAGGCUAUAGAAGAAUUGUGGUGUGGCUUCAUCGUUGGCGCUUGUCAUAUGUCUGUCAUGUUCCUCUACGAGCAAAGGAAUCUCUUGAUGAACUCCGAUGCAGAACCAUCAGUUUGGAGGAGAAUUGCGGUCAUUUUUAGAACAUUUGACGAAAAGGACCUCAGCUCGCACACUUUUAGAAAGAAUGAAGUCGGAGAAAGAAGCGUCAUUGACUUGUCAUCGCCGAACACCAACUGCCCGCCAAGUCCUUCAGGGUUCUCAGUCCAUACAAAUUCAAGCUUUGUGUUUAGGGAGCCAGGAUCGUCUUCUCCAGACCCAAAUGGUACACAAACAACUUAUCAAGAGACUGUUGUAGUCUCAGCUGUAGAGGUUACUUGCCCAGAUCAAGACUUGAGGGAGAAUCACAACUCUUAG